AUGAAGCAGCAUGAGGAUGAACGGCUCCAGGCUUUUCUCACCCGGUUUAACCUCGUUAAAAGUAUGGUAAUGGAGUGUCAUCCGUCCACAGCAGUCCAAGCAUUUAAACUCGCAAUGAAUCGGGGGACGCCGUUCCACACCAGUUUGGUGGUUAAUAUGCCAAAGACCAUGGACGAGCUGAACGAGAGAGCUGACGGUUUUGUUCGUCUUGAGGAAGAAGAAACAGCUAAUUCGAGGAAGACGUCAAUUAUUUCGACGGAAGAGAAGUCCAAAGCCAAGAUCCGGCAAAAACAAGUUCAGCCGCAGCGUCUCAGGAACCUAAGGAGGCAGGUAGAGAUGCUAAUCGCAAAGGGGGAAUUUGCAAGCUAUGUUCAAGGUCCGGCGCAAGAGCAGAACCGCCCGACUAAGCAGAUAAAGCGGAACCAGAGGCCAAACCCACACAACUCCCAGCUUGUUCGGAUUAUAAAUGUAAUUCAUGGCCGGCCUGAACAAACAACGGAGUCAGAAGAAUUGCUCAGAACGCGGUUACGCCAGGCCCAGUUGAAAAGAAGGAUUGGCAGUGUGCAUGCUUUGCACCAGCAGAACGCGUCCACACCGAUAAAGUUUGAUAGAACGGAUCUGUUACGUGUUCAGAUUCCUCAUGAAGAUCCAUUAGUAGUCAGUCUGACGGUUGCAGAAUGCCUUGGGCAAAGAGUGCUGAUUGAUCCAGGCAGUAGUGCGAAUGUCAUGCCCAGGGUGACGUUCGACCGACUCGAGAUCGAACCCAGAAAACUCAAACCCACAGGAAAUCCGUUGCUUGGAUUUGAUGGGAAGUGA